UAUUAAGAAAAUUAGAUUUGAUUGCAUUUCCUUUUUUUUUUUUUUAAAGCACGCAUAUCUAACACCCACAUCUCUCAGUCGAAUCAUUUUUGUCUCUAUCCGCUGCACUCUCUUCAGAGAGAGAGAGAGAGAGAGAGAGAGAUCGCUCAGGCUGGAGGAGACCGUGAACCUGCUGGGGAGAUUCAUUCUCUUUGUCGGGGUUUCCUCGCACUGAGAGUGGACAAAUGUUAUGUCGUCGUUGAGUUCUCCGUGCGCGGCGUGCAAGUGCCAACGCCGGAAAUGCACCCAGGAGUGUGUGUUCGCCCCGUACUUCCCUGCUGACCAGCCCCAGAAGUUUGCCUAUGUUCACGAGGUUUUCGGCGCGAGCAACGUGGCCAAGCUUUUGAACGAGCUCCACGUGUCACAGCGAGAGGACGCGGCGAACUCCCUCGCCUAUGAGGCCGAGGUCCGCCUCCGCGACCCCGUCUACGGGUGCGUUGGGCUCAUCUCCAUCCUCCAACACAAGCUCAACUUGCUGCACAAAGAGCUCAGCAAUGCCAAGAAAGAGCUCGCUGCCUACAUUGGACCCCAACCAAUGAUACCGACCAUCACACAACCUACCGGGGCGAACUUCGCCACUGGUAAUCCCUUGUCUUCCAUGAUGGCAUUGUACAACACGGCGCCGGGCAUGACGAUUGGGGGCGAGGGUGACACGUUGUGGCAUGGUGGAGGGUCGACAAUGUUAAAGCAACAACAAUUGUUCGAAGAGCAUCAACUUGCGGCUAUUGCGGCAGCGAGGGAGCAACAGGACAUGGUUAGGGCUCAUGAGCAGCAACAAUUUAGGAGGCAUCAUGAUCAACAACAACAACAAUAUCAACAAGAAAUUAAGUAUGAUGCCAAUGGGUCCAACGGCGUUGGGAAAUUUGUUUCUGCAAUGGACUACAACACCACGAUUAGUACGACCCGUCCAUGGCCAGAUCCGCCAGCACUAGCCUUGGGGAGUUUUGCUAGUCCGUACCACAUUCAAGCUCAUCGUCUCUCGCCGCAGUUGGAACAAGCACGCAUCACGAAGCAUCAAGAGCAAGCCCAAGAGCAAAGAUCCGGUGGUGUCGACUGCCGGAAUGAUGAUUUUAGCCUUUCCUGCUGAACAUUUUAACUUCCUUUCACUAAAUUCUUUCUUCGAUGCCUGAGAUUUUCGGGGGCCAUUUUUACUAUUUAGGUAUGUGCCCUCUGUUCCUCUCAUUCAGAUAUUCAAUGAGUUCUAAUAAUGUUAGAGAAACAAAAUCAGAUUUCAAACAA